UGUCUAAGGAGACCAUUGUGUUGGACUAUGUACAUUUUUUUUUUAAAAAUCUGGAGGAAAGUAACGAGUGUUUUACACUACACCUAGAAUCAAAUCUAAGAAUCCAACUCUAAAGAUAUCACUUGAUUAAAGAUCCACACAGCUCAUCAAUACAGUAGGUAAUUAAGAACGUUGCAACUAAAAUUCGACAGUUUGCCCGGUUCUUCAUCCAACCCCCCUUAAUCCAUGGGCUGAAAAUCUAUUCACUCAACUUUGUUGGUUCAAACACUCCCCCGACUCUGUGGGAUCUCAGUCAUUACUAACCAAAACCAUUUCUCACCUUCCCUCUCACACAAAACUAGUUUCAUUUUUCAUUUUUCCUUGUCUCAUACAGACAGACUUUAAUUGGAUGAAUAACACUGAUUUUUCUUUGUUUACCUGAUUAUUUGUUCUUCAUUGUCUAGUUUCAGAAUAGAAAAAAUGGCAACGGGGAAGCUACGUUCCAGUAAGAGGAACUCAUCAUCCUCAUCUUCUUACAUGUCUACAAUUACAAUGGUUGUUUUUAUAGGUUUAUGUGGUCUUGGUUUAUGGAUGUUAACUUCUUCAUCUGUUGUUCCUCCUCAAUCUGUUCAUACUUCCACUAAUUCUUUCUCACGUUCUGAUAACCAUCAUGUUGUGAAUUCAAGAAAAGAUCGUAAGGUUCCCUCUUUUGAUGAUACUCCUGGGGAUCUACCUGAUGAUGCUGUGAAAGAAGAUAAUAGUAAUAGCAAUCAAGAGGAUAUUACUAGUAAUAAAUCUGAUGAUGAUUCUUUUAUGGAUAAGACUCAUGAUGAAUUAAAGUUGUCUAAUCAAGAAGAGGAUUCUAAAUCUAGUAACGAAGAUAUUAAUGAACAAGAGAAUAAUAAAGAUGGAUCUAGUUCAGAUGUUAAUGAAGAUAAUUCUUCAUCCAAGGAAUCAGCUGAAGAAGAACAACAGCAGCAGAAGCAGGAGGAAAAUCAAGAGAGUAAUUCAGCAGGGGAUAAUGAUAAUAAUGGUAAUGGGAAUGGUAAUGAGAAUCAAGAAAUUUCUACAGAAACAAAUACGGAUACUGAAUCGAAAGAUGAAGAUCAAAACAAUCAAGAGGUGCAACAAUCUCAUGAAGAACAGAUCCAACAAGAUCCAGAGGUAAUUACUACCAAAGAAAACACAGAACAGAGUACUCAACAGCAAGAUCCAGAAUCAGAGAGUAAGGAUAAUCCAAAUCAGGCUUCACAACAAGAAUCAGAUAUAGAUAAUUCUCAACAAACACAGCAGAGUGAUUCAUCAUCAGGUGGUGGGGAUGACAAUCAAACUCAAUCAUCUGAAGAAGAUAACAAUCAGCAAACUCAAGAAGAGAGUAGUACUACUGGCAGUGAUGAAACUCAACAACAGAAUUCAGAGCCAGAGAUCCAAGAAGUUACAAAUGAUGAAACCCAAUCACAAACUCAAUCAUCAACAGAAGAAGAUAAUCAACAACAACAAAAUUCAGAUACUACCACUUCAUCGAAUGAAGAAACUCAGCAGACUCAAACCAAUGAAGAAGAACAAUCUCAACAAACAACAGAGAGUGAAAAUCAAAAACAGCAACAGAACAGUGAGAGUGAAACUAGUACUGAGUCCAACCAGGAGGAGACAACUCAAAGCACUGAAGAUAAACCAGCUGAGUCCAACUCGGGUGACUCAUUCCCAACUGGAGCUCAUGCUGGGAUACCUAAAGAGUCAAAGGAAUCAAACCGGGCUUGGUCAACACAGGCAGAUCAGUCAGAGAAUCAAAAGGAGAGGAGGAAAGAUGGAUCCACCGGUAAUAAAGAUGAUGGGAGUAUGUACGGGUACACUUGGGAGUUGUGUAACGUGACGAGCCGUGCAGAUUACAUCCCUUGCCUAGACAAUGAAAAAGCUAUCAAGAUGCUUCACUACACUGGACACUUUGAGCACCGAGAGAGACAUUGCCCUGAAGAUGCACCAACUUGUUUGGUUCCAAUUCCUAAAGGCUAUAAGAAAACCAUGGAGUGGCCUACAAGCAGAGACAAGAUAUGGUAUCACAAUGUUCCUCACACUAAAUUGGCUGAGGUUAAGGGCCACCAGAAUUGGGUGAAGGUGACUGGUGAAUUCCUCACAUUUCCAGGUGGUGGAACCCAGUUCAUACAUGGUGCAUUACACUACAUUGACUUCAUCCAAAAGUCAUUACCAAAUAUUGUGUGGGGAAAAAGAACUAGGGUGAUACUGGAUGUUGGUUGUGGAGUUGCCAGUUUUGGAGGUUACCUGUUCGAGAGGGAUGUACUUGCAAUGUCAUUUGCACCUAAAGAUGAACAUGAAGCUCAAGUUCAGUUUGCUCUUGAACGAGGGAUUCCUGCAAUAUCGGCUGUUAUGGGUUCUCAACGACUUCCGUUCCCUAGCAGAGUCUUUGAUCUUGUACAUUGUGCUCGCUGUAGGGUACCAUGGCACGCAGAAGGUGGCCGUCUUCUGUUGGAACUUAACCGUGUUCUACGCCCUGGCGGUUACUUUGUCUGGUCAGCCACUCCUGUUUACCAGAAGUUGCCUGAAGAUGUUGAGAUCUGGAAGGCAAUGUCUAAACUUACUAUAUCCAUGUGCUGGGAGCUCUUCACCAUCAAGAAGGACAGACUGAAUUCCGUUGGUGCUGCCAUUUACCGCAAACCCACCUCAAAUGAAUGCUAUGAGCAAAGAAAACAUAACGAUCCUCCCAUGUGUAAAGGCGAUGAUGAUGCAAACGCAGCUUGGUAUGUACCUCUGCAAGCAUGCAUACACCGAGUACCGACUGAAGAAGUCGAGAGAGGUGCUAAGUGGCCUGAGGAAUGGCCUGCUAGAGUUCACAAGCCUCCAUAUUGGUUAAACAGCUCUCAGAAGGGAAUUUAUGGGAAACCAGCUCCUGAAGACUUCGCAACAGAUUAUGAGCACUGGAAGAGAGUCGUAACCAAAUCAUAUAUGACCGGAUUGGGCAUCAGUUGGUCAAACGUGAGAAACGUUAUGGAUAUGAGAGCUGUUUAUGGAGGGUUUGCUGCAGCUCUGAAGGACAUCAAAGUGUGGGUUAUGAACGUAGUGAACGUUGACUCACCAGAUACUCUUCCAAUCAUCUAUGAGCGUGGUCUGUUUGGCAUGUACCAUGAUUGGUGUGAAUCCUUCAGCACAUAUCCCAGAACCUACGAUCUCCUCCAUGCUGAUCACCUGUUUUCGAGGUUGAAGAAAAGAUGCAAACUUGUACCUGUGAUUGCAGAGGUAGAUCGAAUAGUCAGGCCAGGUGGUAAAUUUAUUGUCCGUGAUGAAUCAAGUGUACUGGGGGAAAUUGAAAAUAUGUUGAAAUCUUUGCAUUGGGAGAUCCAUUUAACAUUUUCUAAAGAUCAAGAAGGAAUACUCAGUGCACAAAAAACCGAUUGGCGGCCCAACACAAAUUCAGCUUCGUCCUGAUUAAGAUUGUAAUUUUCUAUUUAUUAGAGCUUCCCACAGUUCCUUUGUUUUUUUUUUGGGUCACCUAAGGUAAGGGCUGAAAUUCCAAAUUAUUUUUGCAGCAUCAGAUCAUGAGGUAUUCAGUAAAGAUAGUUUAAUUGCUCAAAUACAGUGAGAUCACAUCUGAGACAUAUAUCAGAUUGUAUGUACAACUUUGGGAACUGUAUAAACAAAUGAGAAGGUGUUGUAUUUUACGAAAGAAAGUUUACUGAAUACCAGUGUUCUCUACAA